CAGCAAUGAAUGGGGAUGGAACACACAUGUCAUUGCCUACGUUUAUAUAUCUGCAAUGUCCCAGCAUGAUAUAACAUGCCCAGCUUGAGAUUCUUAGAGUGAACCCUACAGUGUUGCUGCUUCUUGAAGAAUCCAUGGACUGCUUUACCACAUGCUGAGCUUCCAUGAUUUACAGAUAUAUGGAUCUACAGGUGGCAAUCGUCUACCAGCAGCAGAGAACUGAAGGGUUAACAUUCUCUUUAAAUUCGAAUAGAACUAUUGAGACAUUUGGAUUGUGAAACAGAUCCAUUGCUGUAAUCAGGAAAGGUGGGGGAGGACACAGUAAGAGGGGGCAGUGUGUGUAAAGUCGCAUUUAAGUAGAGACAUUGACUGACAUCGUUGUAGAUGGACAUGUAAUGUGAGUAGUCAGAUCUAAUGUAAAGUAUGGAGGCUGUACAAGCAUGUGUGCUGUUAAUAUGUUGUAUGAUAUUGAAGGUUAAUGUUUGUAGUGUUGUGCAAAGUGGAAAAUGGGGGAGAGUAAAGUGUGGGGGGGAGGGGGGAUUGGAGGUUCAAUGUGUAUAUUUUAUUACUGCAGCAAAGACAGGCACGUAAAAACAGACUAGUCAAUGAUUGACCGAGAGAAACAGGAGGGAUACAGUGACAUAGGUGGGCUGAUACACACACAAGCUGGAUAUAGUAAGAAAGGAACACACAGAGCGAAAGAGGCAGAUAGAGGGAUGGUGAAGGACUGGAGGGAGGGUGGUGCAGCUGCGUUGUUCUGAUCACACAUUCACUGCUGUUGCUAUGGGAGGAAGGCAUUUCAACGCACCCAAAAGAUGCUACAUUUCCAGGGGUGGGAGAAGAGACACUAUUGCUGGGGGUGGGAUGUUAUGGUGCAAUACAGGAUGAGAUCUGGGCUGAAACAAAGAGGGUAUAGGCAAGGACAGCAUUGGCACCUGGUGAAACCACACUUGGAGUCUGAGCAACAGAUUUCUACAGCAGCUACUGUGUAGACACGGGAGAGAGGAGGGAGAUGGGGAGCAGAGAGGCAAAGAUAGUUUGUGCAAGAAAUUGAGACAGAGGGCAUGUAAUAAUAAAGACAGGCAAAGGAGAGUCACAAUACAAACUCGAGGGAGAGGGGGUUGUCAGAUUGGGAUAAGAGGGAUGCGGAAUAUUUGGAGGAGACUGGAGGUAGUUGAGAGGUUUAGGAUAUGGUGGGUGGAAGGCUGAGUCAGGUUAUUCAUCCACCCUCUAUGCUUGGGGAGGGGGGGUAAUGAAAUGACUCAUUCUUUUUGUUUUCUGACACUUCAGCUUUAAAACACCUUUUGCAGAAAAAAUGCUCAGACCUAUUUAUCCUCUGUCUCAAGGUUACAACUUGCAAAAUCUCAAUAUUUUGUUUUAUAGCUGCAUUAGUCUCUUUGCUUCUAAUACCUAUAUUUUAUUCAUAGCUAUAACUAUAGCAUUUCUUACAUACAACAUCCGUUUUUAUAUGGUUUAGAAUUAGAUACUUUGGUUCUAAUGCUCUGAUGACCUUAACAUAACUACUAUAACUUCUAUUAACCCUUUUUAUUUCCCAGAUUGCUGUCACCUUGUGCUAAGUAAGGUAUCCCUGGUCUACCCAGAAGCCUUUUCUUUCACUUCGGGCAACAAUGGCAGGGGUAAGAUUCUGAAUUUCUAAAUUAAUUUGAUAGUUACAUUGUUAUAGCCUUGGGUAAUCUCCUUACCUGCAUAGACAUGCUGAUUAAUGCAACACUGUGCAACUGCAUGAAUUAAAAUGAAUGUUGUUUUUUUAUUAACCACUCCUUACAUCUCACAAAUGUUUUUAAAAAAACUAAGCAGGGUUUUUUCAGACUUGUCUACAGGACCCAGUACUAGACCAGAAUGUGAGGUUAUCCCUACAGCUGUUAAAAUGUGUGCACCUUUAAUUAACUCGUGCUAAAACAGGCAAAAGUUUGGUUUCUGAAAUCAAGUCUAAAAAAAAUAAAAUCCUAGGUAAACUGUGAUUUUGAUAUGUCUGUGCCCAGUUUAAAAUCUAUUGAUCUUGACAUUGCCAGAGUUGAAAAGGUUUCCCGUUUCUGAAUUUUGUGAGCAGGAAUGUCCUGGUAUCCUCUUAAUGUAAUAGAAAUAUAUUUUCUUAGAAUAAUAUUCAAUAAUGGUGGGUGGAAUGUUGUUCUAGAACAACUUUUUGUUUAUCUUUCCUUCAAUAGAAGCACAGCCUUCAUAUAUUUUUGUACAUAAUUUAAGCCUACAAAAUACAUUUUUACUGUAUUGAAUUGCUGAUGAUCUAUAAAAUAAUUGAUUCUUCUUUUAUCAUCAUUUUUAUUAUUUUUGGCAUUUAUAUAACGCUAACAUACUCCGUGGCACUUUACAAUAUUAUAAAAGGGGGUAAUUUAACAAUAAAUUAGACAAUUACAAAAUGUUACAGGUACAGGUACCCUGCUCAUAGAAGGUUACAGUCGAGAAGAGGUGUAACAACAAGGUGGAAAGUAGCAAAACUGGAGAAAGUGAGAGUGGAGUGUGGCCCUUAAAGAGAGACCAAGAGACAGGUUUAUGAAAUAGAAGUAACACUCGGAGGCCAUAAGCUUUUCUGAAAAGAUGGGUUUUGAGGGACUUCUUAAAUGAUUGAAGACUAGGGGUGAGUCUAGGAUAGGCAGGCCGCAUAUGAGAAGUCCUGCAAGUGUGAGUUAGCAGUAAGAGUGCAAGCAGUGGACAGAAGGUCACCGGCAGAGCAGAGAGACCAAAUUAGUGAAGAAAUAUAACAAGGACUACAGUUAUUAGGAGAUGUAUAGAUAAGGGUUAGUAUUUUCAAUUAACUCUUAUAGGAUACAGGAAGACAAUGUAAGGAUUGGCAGAGGGGUGAGGUGUGAGAGAAGCGAAAGUAGAAAAAAAUAAUCCUGGCAGCAGCAUUCAUUACAGACUGUAGCGAGGCAGUAUGGCUUCUGGGGAGACCAAUUAGGAGAGAAUUACAGGAACCAAUCUGAGAAAUUACUAAAGCAUGAACAAGCUCCUUAGUAGCAUGUAAGAAAGAAAAGAGCAGACGCGGGCAAUGUUUUUAAGGUGGAAUCGUGAGGCAUAAAGGUGAGGCCAUAUUCAAAGAUAACACUAAGACAGUGAGCUUGCAAGGAGGGGCUUAUGCGUGCACCAUCGACUUGCAGUGAGAGCUUAAGAGGAAAAUUAGUAUUAAGAGGAGGAAAUCAGAGGGAAUCCAAUCAGAAAUGGAAGAAGGCCAACCGAUGAUGAGGACAGCAGAGAAGAGAUUAGAAAGGAGAGAUAUAUCUGAGUGUCACUGGCAUACAGGUGAUAGCAGAAUUCAAAGGAAUUACAAAGUUUGCCAAGAGAGGCAGAAUAAAAAGAAAACAAAAGUGGACCAAGAACAGAACCUCCAGGAACUCCAGCCAAGACAGGACGAGGGGAGGAGGUAUUAUUAGAAAAGGAGACACUGAAUGAACGUUGGGAGAGAUAGGAGGAGAACCAUGAGAAGACAGUGUUACAGAGACCGAGAGAUUGAAGAGUUAGAAGGCGGAGGACAUGAUCAACAGUGACAAAGGCUGCUGGGAGGUCAAGAAGAAUUAGUAUAGAGUAGUAAUCUUUGGAUUUAACUGUGACUAGAUCAUUAGUAACUUUAAUCAGAGAGCUCUCAGUAGAGUGGAGGGUGUGUAAGGCAGCUUGAAGUCGAGGAGAGAGUUGUAAUUGGGAUAACUAGGUAUAUCCAGAUAGAUUGGGAUAGCUAGGUAACAGGUAAAAACAAGUAGUUCUAGACGUUUUGAUGAAAAAGGGAGCAGGGAUAGGGAAUGGUAGUUGAAAAGGGAAGACGGGUCAAGAGAUGACUUUUUUAGGACUAGUACAAUAGUAGCAUAUUUAAGGGGAGCAGGGACAAUGCCAGAAGAAAGAGAGCAGUUGAAGAUACACAUUAAAGACAGCACAAGACAAGGGAAGAGAGAUCUGAUAAAGUGAGAUGGGACAGGAUCAAGCGGGCAAGAGGUGGGACGGAAAGCAAUCGGAAAGUAGAGUGCAAAGCUAUCGACUGAAAGGUUAGUAUGGGAGGGUGGCAACAGCAGGGUGAAGAAGAGAGUUGAAAGUAUCAAAGAGACACCUGGGAUUGUGCAUGAACUAAUGCGAGACGAAAAGUAUGAUUCUUUAGCAAUAGUCAAAAAUAAAAAUUAAGAAGUGGAGAGAUGUUUAUGUGGUGAGCCCCUACCCACAUGCAGUCAAAGAUGAGAAAUAGUAAAAAAAAAAAACUGGAUAUACUUAUACUCCUUAAUGAGUAGUAGUUACGCAUUCAAGAGCACAGGUAGCAUGUAGAAGAAGAAAUUUAAAAGACUUUUACUAUUUCUCAUCUUUGACUGCAUGUGGGUAGGGACUUACCACCUAAACAUCACUCCACUUGAUUUUUAUUUUUGAUUAUCUUUAAUGUGUGGUGAAGGGAAUACCCUGAAGUGUUGCAGCUGGAUUAUAUAAUAUUUGAGAUAUCACUCACUUUAAUUGUGUAUAGGUAUAUUUUAUCCCUACACAUUUUUUACUAUACCACUUAGCGCUCCGAGACAAUCCAAUCUUAGUCUUUAGUAAUAGUGAUGGCUGCGCUGACAGAACGCAUGAUGAAUUUAUAAUGGAGAAAGUCUGACAAAGUAUAAGACUUCUUCCAGCAGCAUCCAGCUGAACGGGAGCAUCUCUGCAGGUGGCAGGUUGAGUUAGUGUGCCAUGAUUGGAGGCGAAGAGAAUUCAGGUUCCAAUUGAGUUGAGGAGGGUUAGGCUAAGAAUGUUGGGUGAGGGGGCUCUUAAGAACAAAUGAUAAGAGGUGGUUAUCUGGGAGAGGAAAUGGAGUGUUACAGAGAUUGAGACUGUGUAUACAUCUGAAAAUAUUAAAUCAAGGGUAUUGCCAGUUACAUGCGUGAGAGUAUCAGCCCAAGGGAGGAAGCAAUUUAAAGAAGUUUUAAGGGUGGAGGUCAAGGGUGGAUUAAUUGGAAUGUUGAAGUCCCUAAGAAUUAGGCAUUGAAGAUUAGGUGAAAAGAGUAGGGAAGUCAUGCAGCAAAAUGGUCAAGGAAGAGAAGAGGGGACCCAGGAGGGCGGUAAAUAAUGGCAAUGUUUGUAGAGGUGGGUUUGAACAGACGAUGAAGAGAAAGAGAAGGGAAGGGGUGGGUAAAGGUUUGAAGGAGCAGUACCCAUGUAAGACAUGCUGGGUUAUUCUCUAAAGUGAGAACUGAAAGUGAAUUUUGAAUUGCAGGUUAAAAUAGCAGAACUGAAAAAUUCUCUAAGUUGAUUAAGAUGCUAUGCUUUCAGUUUGGCUGGCCUUAAAUUUUAAAUUCUCUUUGAAUUCACGUUGUAUUCUCACUUUAUUGAAUAACCCUGACAGUGUUUUAUUUGUAUUGCUUUUCUUUUCAAAUAUUGUUUUAUUACAUCAAGAUAAUAGAAGAUUAUAUUGUUUUAAAGUUUGAAAAAGUAUGCCUUAACCUAGCACAACAUUUUAUGUAAUAUAUGAAUGUGAAUGAUGACUAUAGAGAGGUUAUGGUUAAAGGGACACUCCACUGCCCAAAUAAAAAAAUAAAUCAAUUAAUAAAAAUCACUGUUUAUGAGAUAUACUCCCAAUAAAAACAUGCAUGCAUAUAAUUAUGCAUUUUUUAAAUUGGAGGUAUAUCUAAUAACAGCUUGCAAAAUCUGCAGAUCCUUUGUAACCCAGCCCAGACUUUAUGUCACUGUCCAGCAAAAGACUUCCCAAUGCAGUUUAAUUAGAAGUCUUUGCAAGGCAGGUGUUCUGAGUACUUGUCUGCCUCUUCACUGAGCUAACCAACCAGGAAGUUAGAAGUAAGUUGUCUGAGUGACAGCCAUGCAGUUUACCAAGCUUAAGUUUUAAAAGAGCCAAUUUCUACAUAGUAAUUUGCAUGUUUUGUAAAUUAAAAAAGGGGACACACUAUUCACACAUAAAGCACCUCAACAAGCUGUAUUGCUUUAGGGGCAUGGAGUGUCCCUUUAAUUGAUUUAAAUUAUUACAUUUCUUUAUUUAUUGCUAUUAGCUUAUAAUGGAGGCAGAUUCAAGUUAAUAUGGACUAGUGAAAAACAUUGCAGAUUUAUCAAAGUGUUCGGUUUUAAAAAGAGGUCUAAAGUCUUUAAAGUGGAGCAAUUAUUAUGGGAAUCAAUGUAACCAGCAGGUGACUCCUCUCUUUUACAUUUUUGCUCCCAAUGUUUCUUGUAUCAUAAAAAUAGAUUAUUGACAAUAUAAUUUUAUUUUAUCAUUAGAACAAAACAUGCCAUAAACCAGAUCUCUUUACAGGUAAGUGAACUUAAUUAAUCUGUUAAGGAAGCAUUGCUGACCUGUUUUGCAGCCUUGCUGAUUACUAAACACUGUGUUAGCAUUGCUAAGCCUAACUAUCUCAGCUUGAACAAAACCGGUGUUUGUUAUACAACCUUACCUUUGAUUUUCCUUGAUUGUUAUGGUUUCAGUAAAGAAUAACCAAUCUAAAUUAAAAGCACUAAUUUAUUUUAUAUCUUACUGCAUAUAGUACUAAAACAUGUGUACAGUCAGGGCUUUAUUUACCUUCCUUGCUGCCCCAAGGCCAAUUUCCUCAAAUCACCAUCUCCUUAUAUAUCUCAUAUUGCACAAAAAUGGUGUAUGUGAUUGGAUGGGUGAAAUGACUAGUUUGGGAAUUUUAUUGAAUACAUUAAUGCAUCUAGUUUAUGGUAUGUUUAAAUGGUGUACAAUGUAAUUAGGUGGGUGGUUGGAUAAUAAGUGGUAAAGGGUUGUGUAUGUGUUUAGUCAGUGGCGUACACAAGAUCCAUGGUGCCCCGGUGCGAAAAUUGAUCCGUGGACCCCCCCCCCCGCGCGCUCGCGCUUACUCUGCGUGGGCCGGUGCCGCUACACAUGGCGGCGGGCACCUGGUCGCAGGGCUGUGACCGCAGUGUGCCGCCAGUGCAUGCAGAUACACUUAAAGGACCACUAUAGGCACUCAAAUCACUUCAGCUCAACUGCUAUGUUUCACGGAGGGUUAAUCCAGCCUCUAGUAGCUGUCUCACAGCCGCUAGAGGCGAUUCUGCUGGACGUCCAUAGGAAAGCAUUGAGUAAUGCUUUCCUAUGGGCGGUUUGAAUACGCGCAUGCAGAGCUGAGAGGCGGAUCGGGGCGGAGAGAUCCCCAGCACCAAUGGAGCCCGGCACUGGAAAAAGGUAAGUGCUGAAGGGGUUUUAACUACACACACACACUCUCACGAACAGACGCAUACACACUAUCUAACAGACACACACAUUUACUAACAGACACACACUCAGUGACAGACACACAUACACACUCACUUACAAAACAUACACUCUCACUGACAAACACACACUAACACAUACAAACUAACACUCAUUAACAGACACACACACUCACAUUUUUUUUUUAAUUUUAUUUAAUCCCCCAGCCUCCCUACCUUUGGGAGUGCUGUGGGGAUUCCUGCUGUCCCUGAGGUCCAAUGGGGUCCUGCUGUCCCUGGGGUCCAGCUGUGCCUGGGGUCCAGUGGGGCUGCUGGGCGGGCGGGCGCACGAGGGAGGGAGCUAGGGACUAUAGUUUGUGUUUGGAGGUGCAGACCAUCUCUCACUCUCAGCAUCAGGACAGCCUGGCCAGUAAGGGAGAUUUUUGAUUUCCCUACUAGCUGUGGAGCCCCCUCUUUUUGUUGGCACUUGAGUUGCGCUGGCCUGUAGGGCUGGUCAGGGAAAUCCCUUGAUAUACCCUGUCGACCCUAGCUCGUGCUUUAAGGCCUACCAGUUUGCCAAUCACCUGGAUUUGCUCCCAAGGUCUGAGAAUGGGCUUGCCAUGCCACCUCUCUUUUGCCUUUGGCCGUGGUGACUUGUGGGAAAUCCGGCCCUGUGUACAUUCAUUACUAAACAACAACAGUAGUAACACAAAUUCUUUGGAAAUUAGGCUGCAGGUCAGUGAUGUUUUUAAAACAGUACUGUCAUGUUUUUUUUUUUUUCUUCUAGUUUUUCUCUCCUUAUGCCCCUUGUAUCUUAAUGGUUGUAUUACCCCAAUUGCCACAUACCUUUAUUUACAUAUUAUAUUUUCUUUCCUGUCCUGGAUCUCAAUAAUGUUGUUCUCCUCUCUUCAUGAUGGCUGCAGUUUGCCCUUCUGUGGGAUUCUUUUUAUUCUUUAUUUUACUUGUUCAUCGGUUAGACAUGUACGUUUGCAAAGCCACAACAGCUAUUGCGAACUAGUUCAAGAGACAUAGGAAUACAGUUGUUAGCAUUUGAUGACACUGCACAUUUUUGUUAAAUUUUAUAUCAAAAGAGUACAAACUUGUCAUUAACUUACUGCAAUACACACAUAUAUAUAUAUAUAUAUAUAUAUAUAUAUAUAUAUUAAAAUUAGUUGCUAAUGGAGGCCUCAUAUGUGGAUCUGACACAUGCUACAUGCACUCUAUUCUUUAUUCUAUGAGCUCAUAGAAUGCAGAUGUUACAAGAAUGAAAAGCUCAACUAACUAGACAGGGAGCAUAGCCAAGUUUAAAUACGCGUCUGUGUAAUCUAGCUUUGUUGAGAUAUGGGUAAGGGUAUAAAAAAAAAUUUAGAAACAAAAUAAUCUACAUUAACUGACAAGUUGCAAAUUCAUAGUAAAUAAAGACAGCUGGGUAUGAGAAUACAUCUUAGAAGAACAGUUAUUUCACACCUCUUUACAGGGGGAGCUGCUUUUGUUUAUCGACUAGCUCAGCCUAUACCUAUCAUAUAAUGAACUGUGGUAGUUAUGGUCGUCGGGGCCUGGCCUAACUGCAAACCCCCUACCCUGAGCCAAAAGACAGUCCAAGGUACUUGUAUCCUAGGUCCCUUGUCGGCAGACUUGGCUUAGUGUCGGGCCUGAGUAACAGGCUUCUGCAGUGCUCGCUGAGGAAGAGCCUUCUGGGGUUGCAAGCUGUGGGUGUGGGGGUGUCCCAUUAUGAGCUGUGGCCCAGAAGGCACCUGGCUCACAGCCGGAUCGUGUCGCCGAGAUUGGCGCUGUUGUAGAGGCUCCCAAACUUUAUCUCCUCACCAUCCACACUGCGUCAGGGUCUUGCCCAGCUGAUCGUGGUGCGGCUGUGCCUCGCAGUGGGUCUGACUGGGGUGUUGCUGCAGGGUGAGUUCCCCAUUGUCGUUGUUGGAAUCGGCCACGGUAAGCUGGGGGCCCUUCUUGGUUUGAGUGCGUCGGGCUUGGUUCAACUCCGAUAAGGCCUUACGCCUGGAGGAAGGUCCAGUGGCCUCUGUUGCAGCUUGCCACUCAGGAGCGGUAGGGGAGGUUUGCUGGAGCGAAUGGCUUUGUAAGUGGAGCCAAAAGGCUUGACAAAUCCUCUCGAACUUAGCGUCGAAGAUCUCCCGCAAUAUCAGGCCGUCAAGACUUGCAUGGCUUGUUGAGGUUGCAGCGUGUCCGCCAUCUUAGGUGACCACGCGGUCUCAUAAUUGCUGAGUUGUACACCCAAUGGGGGCUGGGAUAUCCCUCGCCGGUCCAAGCGUGCGGGCGGGGAAAACAGGGCUGCUCUGAGUCGGGAGAUCGUCUGUCUCUCCCAACAACUGGACCGUCGGCCUCAGUAGGCCGCAGGCUGAGGUACGGUGUGCUUCCACCAGGGCACCCAGUUUCAGGCUUAAUGUGUAGUUUGGUAUAAUAAGGGUGGUCCCCAGGUAGCUUAGGGUUGUGUCCCGCUGGAUUAGCUGAGGUACUGCAACCAUUUUAGUUCAGGUUGGCAGGAGCUAGCAAGAUACACAUCUGGCCAUCUUGGUUGUCACCUCCAUAGUUCAGGCUUUACCAGUCUUCACAGCAGGAUCAAAGUUGGAAAGAAAUAACAUGUGAUUCAUUGUGGGGGCAGCCAAUGGUUUAUGGUGCAUAUAGUUAUAGAUGUGGGUGCUCUGAGAAGACGCAACACGGUCUAAAAUAAUAUAAUUCAUGAAAGAGUAUCUUGUAGCCCCCACCCCUUGCUCCAUGAUGCAGACCUAAUUGCCCUAGGCUUAAAUACAUCCCUGAGUAGGAUAGAGGCGGAUGAGGAGUCUGUCACACUCUGUUUCCCCGAAUAUAUAGGAUAUAGAAUGUUUAAUUUAAUUUGGGAGAUGAUCAUGACUGGCUUAACAUCUUUAAGCUCAUUAAAAAGGCUUUCUAAGAAUCAUAACCUCGACAGUGUGCAUUCAUAUUUGGAUAGAAUUCAUUAGCUGAGACUGUCAGUUUAUAUUCCUCUCUGAGUUCCAUCCAAGGGUUGACUAAAUUGAUAUAGCUAAAGCGAUAUUGGUGAAGAAGGGCUGGACUGUUUUACAUUAUUAGAAUCAUUUAUUUCUGUUAGCAUAGUGCCACAAAACAUUUGCAGUCUGUUUACUGAAGGACAGAAGAAGUAACAUCACUUCUUUAAAUAAAAUAAGCCUGUAUUCAACAGACAAUAAAAUGAUCAGUUAAACGACUGUUCAAAGGACCAGGAGCUGAUAAAACGGAAUAGGAUAAUACAAAAUUAAAUCUUAAUAAAAUAUUGAUAAAAUGUCAAUAAGGUAAGACCUUUUGGGAAAAAAAACAAACAUAAAAAUAUGAUAGUUUAAGACCUCAUGACCAGUUUUAGCGCAUUAUUUCCUUGUAUCUUCCCUCUGGUAGUGUUUUGUUAUUUUUAUCUCCAUUGAUAUAUAUCUAGCCUGUAGGUAGUUUGAUCUGUGGUACAGAGUGUAUAUUUUAUUGUGUAUUUUAGUUCACUCCUGCUGAUGUCUGACAAGGCUUAAUGAACUGGAAAUGUCUUCUUAAUGGAGUUAUUUUACAAAUAAGCUUCUUUUAAUUCCAUUGUAGUUUGUAUUGCACCAAUUUUCACUCCCAUGUCUUUGCCGGGAAUUCAAAGUCUCUGCUUAUCCUGAGACAUUUUCACACCCAUGGGUCUGCUUGAUACGGAGGGUUCUCUUGUCUGGACUUGGCAGGUGAAAGGUCUGACUGGUACUGUUGAGGUUGCUGCAUAGAUGAUAAAGGCAUGUGUGUCAUUUGCAUUGUAGUAGUAGUAGUGCUUAGAAUAUCAGGUCUUAAUCUACUAACCAAUGUGCAAAACGUACUCACCACCACUUGUAACGAGUUCAUCUUUUGUGUAAGAUGAGAAAAUAUUUUGCCUUCUUACAAGGAAAAUCUGUUUGUCACGCAUCUAAAAAGAUUCUCUAUGCUGAUUGACUCUGUAUUCUCUAAACCUUUUUACACGUUUAUAUACGUCAUCAGUACAAAUGUGUCAAAGGGAAAUGACCGAAAACAAAUAAUUUAAGCAAACAACUCAAUCAUACAUGCUCACUAGUGAUGUCCCGAACUGUUCGCCACGGACUAAUCAUUGAAUAAACUUUGACCCUGUACCUCACAGUCAGCAGACACAUUCCAGCCAAUCAGCAGCAGACCCUCCCUCCCAGACCUUCCCACCUCCUGGACAGCUCACUAAGAAUGCAGCUUCACAAUGGAUGCCGUCCAGGAGGUGGGAGGGUCUGGGAGGUAGGGCCUGCUGCUGAUUGGCUGGAAUGUGUCUGCUGACUGUGAGGUACAGGGUCAAAGGUUACUCAAUGAUGAGUCUGCGGCAAACAGUUCGGGACAUCACUAAUGCUCACUACUCACAUUCUCAAAGACACACAAAACUGGCCAUUCAAGAUGCAGACAUAAUAUAAAAUGAUACAGCACACGCAACUACCCAGACGUAUACACACUAACAACUAAUAAAACAAUAAAAAUAUAUUUUUUAAAAGCACGCCCUCCCCCCAAACUCACUGGAAGGUGCCUCACAAUGUAAAUGACUUCCAGCCCAGGCUGUUUAUUUAUCUGGUGGUACAAUGACUGGAGAGCAAUGUGUAUGCUCUCUUUGAAACAAUCCAUUGUGGCUUCACCGUGCAGGAUUUGUGACCGCAAUGUGUAUUUUUUUUUUAUUUUUUAUUACACUGGCAAUACAUGAGGAAACAGGGAGGCUGCAGCAGUGAAAGAACACUCGUCCUCCAGCAAUGGCCCACAUGCUAGAAUAUUAAAUUAUACUAUACCAUUUAGCAUGACAGGGGAGUGGGGGGAAAGGCCACAAUUUGUACUCGCACAGGUUAAAUGUCCACUCCCUUAUAGCAAAUGGCUGAGUGGACAUUUUGAGCCCUGGCAGUAGAAUGUAUGUUCUGAAAACGUUUGGGAUUAUGAAUUUGAGUCUUUAUAUGUUUAUAUGUUUUGUUUUUUUUCUACUAAUCUAGGUGGGGAAAAAAGUCCAUCAAGUAAAACUUCAAAAUAAUUAAGGCAGUUUCCAAUUAUGCCACAAAAAUGAACAAAAUCCUUCUUGACUCCAUUAUGGCAAUCAGAUUUCCCUUGGAUCAACAACCUGUUCACAUACACAUCAAUUAUAUCCUUGAAUAUUCUGUUUUUGCAAAAAAAAAAAGCAUCCAGGCCUUUUUAAAAACAUCUAUAUAAUCUGAUGACAACCUCUUUAGCUAGACACAUCUUUAUUGUUCUUACUGUAAAGACCCCUUUCCUGUGCUGUAAACAAAAAUACAUUUCUUCCAGUCACAAUGGGUGACCUCUUGUCUGUUUCAUAUUCUCACUAUUAGAUGUGUGAACUAGGCUGAACUUAAAGGAUCACUAUAGGGUCAGGAACACAAACAUGUAUUCCUGACCCUAUAGUGUUAAACCCACCAUCUAGCCUACCUGGGCCUCUCAUGCCUCCAUAAAUAUAGUAAAAAUCUUACUGUAUUCUAACCUGAAGCUGUAACUCUGCAUGCUGUUAGGCUCAGAAAAACAAGCAGUCUGCUGACAUGUGGUAGCCUGAUUCAAUCACAGUGCUUCCCUAUAGGAUUGGUUGAGACUGACAAGGAGGCAGACCCAGCAUGAUUCAACAGCCCUGGCCAAUCAGCAUCUCCUCAUAGAGAUGAAUUGAAUCAAUGAAUCUCUAUGAGGAAAGUUCAGUGUCUGCACGCAGAGGGAGGAGACACUGAAUGUUUGGAUGCAUUUUAGGCAGCCAUGACCCAGGAAUGAUAACUAACAGCUAUCUGAGGAGUGGCCAGUGAAGUUAUCACUAGGCUGUAAUGUAAACACUGCAUUUUCUGUGUUUACAGCAAAAAGCCUGAAGGUAGUGAUUCUACUCACCAAAACAAAUUCAAUAAGCUCUAGUUGUUCUGGUGAUUAUAGUGUCCCUUUAAUGGAUGAAUGUCUCAUUUGUAAUGUAAUUUAUAUAUAUAUAUAUAUAUAUACACAUAUACACACACACACCUCUCAGAGGUAUAAGAAAACAAACUCACUUUUUCUAGCCUUCCUUCACAAGUAAUGUUUUCCAUCCACCUUAUUAAUUUUGAAGCUCGCCUCUGCACUUUUCUUAGUUUUGCAAUAUCUUUAUUUAAAGCUGGUACCCAAAAUUGCACAGCAUAUUCAAUGUGGGUAUGAUCAUUGAUUUAUAAACAGACAAUAAGUUAACUCCGAGCUAUGGACUGACAACCGUCUGGGCCGUUGGGAAAUCAAAUAUAGGUGUAUUAAGUAAAUGUUAAAUAUUACUCUCAAAUAAAACACUGUCAGUGUUUUUCUCUUAAGUGAGAAUUGCUGGGAAAAAUUAAUUUUAAAAUAUAGGCCUAAAUUGUUCUAGAUUGGUGCAUCAAGGUCCUACUGCUUUUGUAUUGACACACAGAAUCAGAGUAAAUUGCAAGGUUACACAAAUAAAAACUAGCUAUUCCUCUACAGGCGGAUAUAAAUAAUGAUCGAAUCAUGAACACUUGAACCCAGAAACAGCUGAAAGGGGUAGAGAAUUUGAUACCCGUUUGUAAGAGUGCAAACAUAAAUUAAUGAUUUUAUAGCAUUCCUAGUUGUUGAUUUUUUUGUGUUUAUGAGCACUGUAUGAGUUUUUCUAUAUUGUAUAAAACUUAACUUAAAAUAAUGGUUAAAGAUUUCACAUAAUCUAUUAAAAAAAAAUCUGUCCUCCUUAUGACUCCUCACUGGUUUGUUACUCUACAUGUAGGAUAAUGUUUUUCAUGAGAUAUAGUGGAUGUUUAUCAUGCUGAAAUGUGACAAAAUCUUUCUGUUUUGCAGUUAGUUUGAUCUUUGCCAUUGCUGCACUUUGCAUUACUGGGAUUGCUUUUGUAAGCAUUGGUAAGUGAAUGUUUGCUGCCAUCUUUAGGCUAUUAUGGGGAACUGCAAGGUGUUUUUAUUUAAUUUGCUGAUCUUUAACUUUAACCCCUUAAGGACACAUGACGUGUGACAUGUCAUGACUCCCUUUUAUUCCAGAAGUUUGGUCCUUAAGGGGUUAAAAUACCAACACCAAAAAUGUUUUGUUAAUAGUAUUAUUAUUUUUACCCUAAUUCCAAAGAAGGAUCUUAAUGGAACAUCACCUUUUUGUGCAAAUUUUCCAUAAUACCUUUGAGGAAUGUUUUUGUGUGGUGCGCAAAUUACAGUUGCCACCCGUAUUGGUGGUUUCGUUGUUUAAUAUGGUGAAGUCUUAUGACCCUUGCCUUUACUACCUCCACAGCCAACACAUUAGGUAUUACAUGUCAAAAUGAAAUAUAUUAAAACAGAUAAAACAUUUAAACAGAUUAGAUUACAACUACUAAAUAAACAUACAUUUUGUUAUCCUGUCUAUUUGACUGCAGAUACCAAAAAUGUUAGGCUUAAAGGAGCACCUUGUAAUUCUUCUCUUGCCUUUAUCCAGGUGCCUUCUACUUGCACGAUUGCAUAUUGGAGAGACACAUUCCUAUCUACUUGCUGGUGCAAGGAAUAGUCUUCCUACUGACUGGGCUCUCACUCAUUAUCUUAUUUGCAAAUGACAAGUUCAUUUUGUUUUUCUUCUUUCUUUGCAUGAUUUCCACCUUUUCUUUCUGCUGGCUCAUUGCAGGUAAGUGAAAAACAACUGACUAUACUCUAGGCGCUAUUGUCAUUAAUUUGAUUUUCAGUAAAUUGAUAGAACCGCUUGUGUUUGACUUGGUGAAGGAACAGGAUAUGCAUGUUCCAAGUGGUGGGGAUCCAUUAAAAAAAAAAAAAAAAAGUACAGCAACACGGUUAUUUAUUUAGCAGUAGUUUAGAACCACUAUACUAGACCAAACAAUGGGUCGUUGUCAUGGUGGUUAAAAAAUGGUAAACCAAUAUUUGCUGUUGGUGUUAAUAAAGUUUAUGAUUGAUAACAUAUACUCAGUAUCUUCUCAAUGAAAUUAAACAUGUUAAAAAUUGAAACAUUGAGUUAAGUUGAUAUGAAGGCCAAUACUUUCAUCCAUGGGACAGAAGUACUGGUUUAUAUUAUGUAGUGAUGCUGAAUACAUUAAUAUUAAUUAUGUUAUUAAAUUAAUAUCAUGCUAUAAUGUUUAUAAUAUUUUUACCUUGAUAAUUAACAUUGCACUGUCUAAUGAUGCUGUCAAAACUAAAUCCCAUCAUUAUACAGAUACAUGAGAAGUAGUAAUUUUUGCAUUGCCAAAACUCCUCAUGAUUUCAGAGAUAAGUGUAAAUACCAUACAUUUUAAGAGCUACAUAAAUUGUGUUGGCUUUCAUCGAUAAUUACUAUAUUAACUGCAGAAAAAUCAUAGGAAGUAGUAGAAUAGUUACAUCGUAAAAUAUUAAACAUAUCAAACCUUGCAAAAUAAAAGCAAACAAACUAAAGUUGAAAUAUAUAUUUAAAAAAGAAACAAAGAAUAACUACACUGAACAAAAUUAUAAAUGCAACACUUGUUUUUGGCCCCAUUUUCAUGAACUGAACUCAAAGAUCUAAGACUUUUUCUAUGUACACAAAAGGCCUAUUUCUCUCAAAUAUUAUUCACAAACCUGUCUAAAUCUGUGUUAGUGAGCACUUCUCCUUUGCCGAGAUAAUCCAUCCCACAGGUGUGGCAUAUCAAGAUGGUGAUUAGACACCAUGAUUAUUGCAAAGGUGUGCUUUAGCCUGGCCACAAUAAAAGGCCACUCUAAAAUGUGCGAUUUUAUCACUUAGCAAAAUGCCACAAGUUUUGAGGGAGCAUGCAGUUGGCAUGCUGACUGCAAGAAUGUCCACCAGAGCUGUUGCCUGUGAAUUGAAUGUUCAUUUUUGUACCAUAAGCCAUCUCCAAAUGCGUUUUUAGAAAAUUUGGCAGCACAUCCAACUGGCCUUACAAACGCAGAACACGUGUAACCACACCAGCCCAAGAACUCCACAUCCAGCAUCUUCACCUCCAAGAUCGUUUGAGACCAGCCGGACAGCUGCUGCAACAAUCAUUUUGCACAACUCGUUUUCUGCACAAACUGUCAGAAACCGUAUCAGGGAAGCUCAUCUGCAUGCUCGUCUUCCUCAUCAGGGUCUUGACCUGACUGCAGUUCAUCGUCGUAACUGCCUUGAGUUGGAAAAUGCUCACAUUCAAUGGUAUCUGCCACUUUGGAGAGGUGUUCUCUUCAUGGAUGAAUCCCGGUUUUCACAGUACAGGGCAGAUGACAGGCAGCGUGUAUGGCGUCGUGUGGGUGAGUGGUUUGUUGAUGGAGUGGCCCAUGGUGGCGGUGGGGUUACGGACAAUGAACAAACACGUGCAUUUUAUUGAUGACAUUUUGAAUGCACAGAGAUACCGUGAUGAGAUCUUGAGGCCCAUUGUUGUGCCAUUCAUUCAUGACCAUCACCUCAUGUGGCAGCAUGAUAAUGCACGGCCCCAUGUUGCAAGGAUCUGUACACAAUUCCUGGAAGCUGAAAACAUCCCAGUUCUUGCAUGGCCAGCAUACUCACCGGACAUGUCACCCAUUGAGCAUGUUUGGGAUGCUAUGGAUCGGCGUAGACGACAGAGUGUUCCAGGUCCUGCCAAUACCCAGCAACUUCGCACAGCCGUUGAAGAGGAGUGGACCAACAUUCCACAGACCACAAUCAACAACCUGAUCAACUCUAUGCGAAGGAGAUGUGUUGUACUGCGUGAGACAAAUGGUCACACAAGAUACGGACUGGUUUUCGGACCCCCCCCCAGACCUCACCAAUACAGUAAAACUGCACACUUUAGAGUGGCCUUUUAUUGUGGCCGGCCUAAGGCACACCCGUGUAAUAAUCAUGCUGUCUAAUAAGCAUCUUGAUAUGCCACACCUGUUAGGUGGAUGGAUUAUCUCGGCAAAGGAGAAGUGCUCACUGUGAGAUUUGUGAACAAUAUUUGAGAGAAAAAGGUCUUUUGUGUACAGAGAAAAAAAGUGUUAGAUCUUUGAGUUCAGCUCAUGAAAAAUGGAGGCAAAAACAAGUGUUGCAUUUAUAAUUUUGUUCAGUGUAUAAUUAGAAUAUAAUUGUGAGCAAUCUCUCUUGUGUACAUUUAGAAAUGCAUUAAAAUAUUAAGACAUUACUAACUCUUUAAUAUUAAAAUAAAGCCUAGCUAUGAUAAUCAACAAUUAUUGUACCUGGGUCACAAUUUCCAGACUCUGGUAAUGGUAAACCGACCUGCAAUUCUAUGAUUCUAACAAAUAUUUCUUCUCUUGUAGGGAGCGUCUGGGUGUUUCCACAUUACACCGCCUACACUGGACAAUGCAACAAUGUUUUGUAUCUCUUUACAUUUUGGGUACUAAUUGUGCAAUAUAUUGGACUCAGCAUUGCUUUCCUUUCAUCUGUCAUAUACGGUUGUUUUAUCUGCAUCAUGCUGUGGGCAUGCAUGGGUGUCAAUGGGUAGCACUCCAGAAAUGGAUGUAAAUCUGUUCCCUGGCCAAAUCAACCUCUGUUUAGCAAUGAAUGCUGACAACAAUGUUGAGAACUAGAGGUUGAACCAUUCAUCAUUGCUUAAAAUGUCGAAAACUACAGGACAUAUUGUGCAAGAUACUGAGAAGAAAUCAUGUGACAUUUUUGAAGGGCUCAAUUUGUAAUCAAUUUUCGCAAAUCUUACUGGAAUUUCACAUUUUGAUAGCUUCAUGUGACUUUUGCAGAAUGCCAUCAAAAGGAAUAAAAGAAUUUUAUCAAACCAGUUUCAAGCUGACAAGCCGACCUUAAAAAUCCCAGUAGAGGAAGAUCAAAUGUUGGCAUGGAUCACGUUUGAAACACAAGAUCUUUUCAAAUAAAACAAAAUAUUGUUAGAGAUAUGAGAAUGAAACACUGUAUGAAGUUGCAAGCCACCUCAACACUGUGCAUUAAUGACUACUGCUAUCUCAGCUCGGUAAAGGGACACUCCAAUUACGCAAUCCAUUUUCAUGCACCUUAAGCUUCGGUUAAAAUAGCAUACCUGGACUGAUAUCAUGAUCAAAAUUUUCAGUUUGUUUAAAAAAAAAAAAAAAAGGAAAAAUUAGUUUAGUUUCACUCCUAGUCUCAAUUCAUCCCUGGUUAUUUUAUUGAUUGAAUUAUUAAGAGUAUUUGGGGGAGGUAGUAUUAAACAAGUGAAUUAAAACUGCAGGCAGCUUCCUUUCACUUGCAUGACUGGCGAAAAAGACUGCUGUAUGUAAAUAGUGAGCCUAUGAAUGAGUAGCAUUGUGAAUGCAUUCUAUUUGCUACCUGGGAAGUUAUCGACUUGGCUUAAAUGGAUUAACUUCAGUGUGAAAGAGAAGGGACAGCUCAGAUACCCGGUAAAGAAUGUAAGAGGGACAUUCAGAGGUGAGUAUUUGCUGUUUAAAUGAAUAUUUUAUCAAAUGUUUUUUUUUUUUAGAUCAUGAAGAAAAAAGUUAUAAACUGAAAUUGGAGUGCCCCUUUAAUUGCUUUUCAUGCUGCAUGAAUUGUCUGCAUGCCGCAUUUUGCACUGGUUCUCAACUAACAAGGCUUCAAAUAAAAGUUUUUUUGCAAAGCUUAACUCCUCCAUAACAUGUACAACAUAAAUGUCACUAAAAACAUUCGAGCACAAAAAGUAAAAAAAAAAAAAAAAAAAAUUCAUGUUAAGAAUAAUAAUGUUUACGUACAGGAAUGUAUUUCAGUUAUAAUGAAAUGCUCUCAAAUAAAGUUUCUUAAAUGGACAUACUAAACAAAACCACGAGAUUUUAGUUUAGUGGUUUUAGUGCAUAGCUCCUGUUCUUUUUCUCUGGCGAUCUAAAACAUUAUCGGUUCUGAGAAAUGGCAAUUUUUACAUUUGUCACUAGAGUCACUUCUUUCUUAUGUCCUUUAAAAAUCAAGGGUCUUCACGUUUGGCAUUAUCAUGUCCAGUGUGAUGACGCCGAAUAAAGUAAAUGCUUCAAUAACUCUCUAUGAGAAGCAUCUGAUUGUCAGAACAAGGCAAUUAUCUAUGAGAAAUAUGGGAGUGGACUGAGAUCAUCAGAAUGCUGUCCAGAAAAGACUGAUCUGUCUGGUGCUGGAUUACAGGUAAGUUUAAAGGAAUACUCCACACACAUAAAGUACUUCAAUGUCAGGAUUAUCUCAUCUCCACUGCAUUAUUAUCAAAGUGCGAAUUUCUAUUUGAAAUCAGCAAUCUUAUAAAUAAUUGCAGAAACACCUCUUUGCCUGUCAGCGAUUCAGGGCUCUAUGAUCUUGUGCAAGCAUGCAACAGCACAUGCCCAGCUGGGUAUUCACACUGAGCUGCACUGCAGUUCAAUGUGAAGACUGUGAUUUGGAGGCCAAAAAAUGGGGAGGGUUUCUAAAGGCACCACAACUUUUGUAAGUUGUUUUUAAAUAUAUCCUCAAUAAAAAAAAAAAAUGCAGCAAUAAAUGCAUGCAUGUUUUCCCACUGAUGUUUAUCAACUAAACUGUAAAAAAACAAAUUGCUUUGGAGUGUUCCUUUUUUUAAUUGUAAAAGGGGUCCACAGUCUAAAGGAACAUGCUAAGGUUACAAAUAAUUACUUUUAGCCUUAGACUGUUCCUUUAAAAACAAGAGACCAUAUUCAGUUAUAUAUAAAUAAUCUGCAAUAUAAAUUGCUAGAGGGCGACAACAGUGUAGUAAAUACUGACACCAAGUAGCGCUUAGCAAUAUGAUACACUCACAGACUUAACUUGCAAUGAAUAGAAUGUAUCAAGGCAGUAUCUCUUUUCGUUUCUUUAUCCAGGUAAACACAUGUCGGAGACAAAAACAUAGUGCAACACUGUAUACAACUCAAAUGGCAAUUUAUUUAGUUGCAUUCAAUGACUUUGUUGGGAUUCUCAACAUCAAUGAUAAGAACCUAAGAUUCACGAAUGAAUUUGGCGGCUCUAGCCUUAAUUUAGUAUAUAAAAUUUAAAAAAGAAAAAAUCAUCGAGAAACUCACAUUUAGAAUUCUAUGCAUUUUCUCCAGAACCUGAGGUUGUGCAUUUCCCACAGUCAUUACACACCAAGACAGACUUUUUUUCUCCUCUUCUAUCUCUCACUUUAUAGCAUAACAUGAUCUUUAGUUCAUCGGUCAGCCUUCUACCGUAUAUUGAUAACCCCUUAAGGACACGAUGGAAACAUUCCAUCAUGAUUCCCUUUUAUUCCAGAAGUUGUGUCCUUAAGGGGUUAACGGCUGAACAACAACUUGAUUUAAAAAAAAAAAAAAGUUAAAACAUGUACAUCAGUACUUGUGAAGCAAAUGCAGAAAUAAUUCAGAUUAGAAAGCAGAAAGGUGGGGCUUAUAAAAAUCAAACUUUUAAUAAAAAUAGAAAAUUAAAGAGAAAAAAAAAAACAGUAAAACUUUAAUUCAAUCUAAACAUUGCACUUACUGUGUUGGUAAC